ACUGAGCCAUCCGGUCCCAAAAGUGAAAAAGGCAAGGGGAACUCACCUUCCGUUUUAGGAAGGUGAAGAGGGGAACUGGGGAGUUGGGAGAGGGGAAGCCUGGAAGGGAUCGGCGGGGGAGGAGAUGGAGGAGCGGGAGAAGGUCGUGUGCCUGGCCAAGCUCGCCGAGCAGGCGGAGCGAUACGACGAUAUGGUGGAAUUUGUGAAGAAGCUUGCUAGGAUGGAUGUGGAUAUGAGUGCUGAAGAAAGGCAUUUAUUCUCAGUAGGUUUCAAGAACACUAUUGGGGCAAAGAGGGCAUCAUGGAGAAUCAUUUGUUCACUUGAGCAAAAGUUGACAAGUGGUGAUCAGGCUGGUGUGAUGAUAGAUGCCUACAAAAAGAAAGUAGAAGAUGAACUAAGGAAGAUUUGCAAUGAAGUAUUGUCAAUCAUCGCUAUUCAUUGCCUUCCCUUGGCCAAUUCGGGUGAAAAUGUCGUGUUCUUUUAUAAGAUGAAAGGGGACUACUAUCGUUACUUGGCUGAAUUUAGCACUGGAACUGAAAAGAAGGCUGCUGCUGAUCAGUCACUUAUGGCGUACCAGCACGCCAUGGUUGUCGCCUCCAGUGAGCUCUCACCUGCUCACCAAAUCAGGCUUGGCCUUGCCCUCAAUUUUUCGGUCUUCUUUUAUGAGAUAAUGAACUCGCAUGAGAGAGCUUGCCAAGUGGCAAAACAAGCAUUUGAUGAGGCUCUUGCUGAGAUUAAUUCUGCUGGUGAGGGGGUUUACAAGGAUAGCACGCUUAUGAUGCAGCUUCUGAAGGAUAACUUAGCAUUGUGGACAUCAGAACUAACUGGAGGCGAAGCAUCUAAGGAUAAUGACAUCGACAUGGAGGGUUGAUUGCGAUGCCCGUGGAACUACUAAGCAGCAGCAAUGCUAGCGAACCCCGUGUCCUAAGUUUUUCUGCAUCAGAAGAGCCUCAUGUAUCUUUUCUCCUGCAGUUUCUCUUCCUCUCUUUUGGCCAUCGUUUGGUCUUGGAGUCGGUUAUCCUACUAAGUGUUCCAGGGUCUGGACUGGUGACCAUCCACCCAGCUUUGGUGAUAUUUUUGGGAGCUUGGACUGGUGGCCACCCAGCUCUGAUGUCCUGUUGCCUUUUUCGGUGCUUGAGAGGCGUCUUUGUACACCGACGAUGAACUCUCUUAUCAAUGCAUUAAGGUCAAGGACCGUCCCUGCCAUUAUUAA